AUGUCGAAGGGACCAUCUGUUGGGAUUGAUCUUGGCACCACCUAUUCCUGUGUGGUGUCUUCCAGCACUGGCAAGGUGGAAUCAUUGCCAAUGACCAGGGGUAACAGGACCACGCCAAGCUACGUCGCGUUUACUGACACGGAGAGGCUAAUUGGCGAUGCUGCAAAGAAUCAAGUGGCAAUGAACCCCACAAACACUGUUUUGGUUGGUGCUGAGAGAAAUGUGUUGAUCUUUGAUCUGGGUGGUGGCACUUUUGAUGUCUCCAUCCUUACCAUUGAAGAUGGUAUAUUUGAAGUAAAAUCAACUGCCGGUGACACCCACUUGGGUGGGAAGACUUUGACAACCGAAUGCUGUUCAAGCUGCGAUUUGUCUUGCGACAAGUCAGAAAACGUCAAGAUUGUUGUUGCUGGUGUUACUCCUUUGUCCCUGGGUAUGGAGAGACGGCUGGAGGAAGAGUUUGAGCAUCACAGAAGGGCGGAAACGGUUUGCAAUCCUAUCAUAACCAAGCUCUACCAGAGUGCAGGAUCGGCCCGCCACCGAUCCACCGAAGGCGAAGGACAAGAAGCGCUCUCCGUCCAAACAGGCCCGCGCUUCCGCUUCGGCAGCUCCCCACGACCCGGAGCCGACGCCGAUUUCCAAUUUGCAGAUGUCCAUGUGGAGCCCCAUAAGAAGCAGCUCCAUGUGACGCUGGCUUACCACUUCCAAGCAAGCCACUUGCCCACGCUCGAGAAGCUAGCUCAGAGCAUAGACGUCAAGCUGGGUUGUGACUGGGUGGCUACAAUAUUCUCCCGCGAUAUUAGAUUUUCCAAUCAUGAGACCCUGCAAGUGAUCUACCCAUACAUGCCACAGAAUGAUGAUGAGCUUGAGCUUGUGCCAGGGGAUUUCAUCUUCAUGUCUCCUGUGGAGCAAAUUACCACCAGUGAAGGAUGGAUUUAUGGUACUUCCUUUGCAACGGGAUGCUCGGGAUUGCUACCUGAAAAUUACAUCACCAAAGCGGAUGAGUGCAGCACUUGGGUAUUCCAUGGGUCAUAUUCUAUUCUGAACCCCACUUCUUCCUCUUCCCUUCUGAUGUUCACUGAUGGGGUGAUGGAUCGAAGACUACAGGAAGAUCAGGGGCCAGGAGAUACUGGACCACUCACUGUCUUUUGUCAGAGUAUGCAGCCUUUAAGGAUUACCAACCCACCAGGGCCUCAGAAAAGAUGCCUUUUUGUUUGCCGCCACGGAGAACGGAUGGACGUCAUAUUUGGAAAAUACUGGCUUUCGCAGUGUUUUGAUACCAAAGGAAGGUAUGUGCGCACAAACUUGAACAUGCCUCACAGCCUACCUCAAAGAAGUGGUGGAUUCAGGGAUUAUGAAAAGGAUGCCCCCAUCACCGUGUUUGGAUGCACACAAGCAAGGCUUGUUGGUGAGGCCCUUCUUGAAAGCAACACAAUCAUCCACCACAUCUACUGCUCUCCAUCGCUCCGCUGCGUACAGACGGCACACUAUAUUUUGAAAGGUUUGCAGCAAGAGAAUAGCCUGAAGAUUCGAGUGGAGCCGGGUUUAUUUGAGUGGACCAAAUGGGUCACUGGGAGUUCUUUGCCUGCUUGGAUACCUCCAGUGGAUUUAGCUGCAGCCAAUUUGAGUGUUGAUACAACAUACAGACCUCAUAUACCUGUUAGCAAAUUAGGUAUUUCGGAGUCGUAUGAUACAUACAUCAGCAGAAGCUAUCAAGUAACAAAAGAGAUCCUAAGUGAAUGUAAAGCCAAAGGGAAUAACAUCUUGAUAGUGGCACAUGCCUCGUCCCUUGAGGCAUGUACUUGCCAGCUGCAAGGACUGUCACCCCAGAAUUCAAAGGACUUUGUACAGAUGGUCAGAAAGAUUCCAUACUUGGGUUUUUGUUGCUGCGAAGAACUUGGAGAGACAGGUCUGUGGCAACUUACUGACCCACCCAUCCUCCCACUCACUCAUGGACCAACCGGUGGCUUUAACUGGAGAGAAACCUUGCUACAAGAAUAAGGCGAAAGGAAAGACUGGAGGAUCUCUUGCAUAUUGGAGCUAUAAUUACUGACGAAGGGGACAAUUAUUCAUAACCUUCUAGAUGGAUUGAAAAAUAACACUCUAGCAUAUCUUCCACAGAGUGGUGUUUGCGCAUCUAGGAAAAUAGGUCAAUAUAGACGUAAGCUUGGAUCAUGGACAAAUAUACAUGUACUCAAAACAGCCUCUCGCUCUGUUUCCAGGCUUCUGUCCAGCAGAAAUGUCUUUGUGACGUAAGCUACUGAGCUUUAAUAUAUAAUUUAAAUAACAACGCCAACCUUGAAUUAAGCUCCAAGGAGGAGAACCAGUUUUCACUGCCUUCUGUAAUAAUGUUAGUCACAAUUAGGACUGUGCUCUAAAUUGUGGACUUUUGUUGUUUGUUAGACUUUUUUUUUUAAUGGAAUUGAACUGCACCAUUUUGUUCUGAGCCAUUUUGGGUAGAGCACAGCCCCAUCACUGUCCCAUUUAGCUAAAUUAUUAUACUUCCCUUCUGCAAGAUUCCUCUCCACCCUCCGAAAAAAAACUUCAGAGGAAAAUGGAAUCGUGUCUCUAGUCAAAAGUAGUGUAGACUCACACGCCUAGUUUGUUUCCACUGUUGAAACAUUAGAAAUAGCUAAUAUGUGUUUAAAAUAAGAAUGGGGGAUCUUGGUGGGAACCAAAUUUUGAAACAGAAGGGCUUGUUCCCACAGCAUUUUGACUUCUUUGCACUUGGUUACAUUCAAUAAUGUUGCUUUCAUUAACAUUUCAGGACACAUGGAGAGUUUGACGGUGGUCUUGGGUCUGUAAUGGCACACUCACACUUACAAUCUCUUGAUGUUACCAGUGAUGAACAAGCAUGCUCACAGUGUCAAGUGAUAACCAAAAUGGUGGUGUUGGAUGUGUUGGUCUGCUCCUUAACAAUUCUGGGCAAUUACUCAGUCCUGUUAACCACUGAUGCCAGCUAUGUAUACCAAUUCCCCAUUUUUUUUCCUGACCAAGAUGAGUAGCCCCAUGGACAAAGACUGUUAAGGAUGUGUGUUUGCUCCAUUAGCAUUUUACUUGCAAGGCAGGUCAUUCUUUUCUAUAACAGAGCAAACCCUUAAAGGUAGUGUUCUUUUAGUCUCAGCAGCUGCUGUACUAAUUCACAGCAAUGGUUUUUCACUCAUAUAUCGGAUUUAAGAUGGUGACUGCUAUUAGAUGAAAUGUGGCACUUUUCAACAGGCAGCUUUAAAGCUGUGGACCAGUAGCCAAUAGCUCAUGGACUGAUCAGUGUGCUGUAUUACCCCAGUGCUUUUUAAGCUAUCUGAUGUGGAAGUAGGCAGGGAUUUUCUUCCCAGGGACUAGCACCAUGUUUGUAUCCAUUGUGACAUCUGUUCAUCUGUUUCUUUCUUUCCUGGAAGUUCACUGUGGACCAAUAGCUCAUAGACUGGUACCGAUCCAAAUACUACCACUUUGACUAGUACUCUCUUACAUUACUGUUGACCCUCUGUAUCCAUGGAUUCUGCAUCCAUGGGUUCAACCAUCCAUAUCUUGAAAAUAUUCCCCAAAGAUUCCAAAAAGCAAACCUCGCUUUUACUAUUUUAUGCAAGUAACACCAUUGUAUAAAAUAGAAUUUGAGCAUCCAUAGAUUUUGGUAUCCGGGGGGAGGGGGGGUUCCAAAUCCUGGUGGAUACCAAGAGCCCAUUGUACCACAAUAUGUGUUUGCACAAUUGGCAUUUUCAAUUCUCAUUGUAAGAAAUUGAUCUUUGCAAACAUUCUGCAAUAUGACCAUGGGUGUUUUAGCCAGGUUACCAAAUCACAUAUUGGACAAGCUUUAUCUGCAUUGGCUCUAAGGGGGCAUUGGAAAUACAGCCAGAGCUUGGAAACGUUGCCUGUUUUUAGAUUACAGAAUUUCUCCAGCUAGCUUAGCUGCAUUAGUUGAGACACUCUUGGAGCUAUCAAACAAAUGUUUCCAAGAUUUGGAAUUGUCCAGGGAAGUGAGAAAGGGAAAGUAGUUACAUGCAUAUACAGUAGUCAAACCUGACACCAUAACCUAGUAUCCUUGGGCAGUUGCAAAAGUUCCAUUGCAGAGUAGAUCCCUCUACUAAGACCAGUCCUUAGCAACUCUUCAACAUUUUAUUCCUAGUGCCAGACUAUUUUAAUUUCCCAUACGAGUCUGGUAUACUCUGUGGGGAGCCUGGGGCUUUUAUUUCAGGAGUGUAAUGAAUUCACACUGGGUUUUAUUCCAGGCUUUAUGGGUUCUAUCCCAGGUGAAGAACCUAUGUUGGGGAUAGUGUUCAGAACUUGCAUAGCUCACUGCACUCCUCAUAUAUAUGCCAACAGGUAACAUUGUACAUUGGUGCUCUGGAACAUUGUGAGGAAUUUAAGUUGUGGCUCUUAGAGAGGGUUGCCCAACAGUUGUCAGAAUCUUGUCAUUGUCUGAGACCUAGGCUAACCCAUUGCCCAUGGAGGAGGUUGGAAACAAGGCAGCAACGGGCCUAUAAGAAGCACCUUGCUGAAGGCCUUUUCAUACUUACAUUAGAGCAGGCCAUAUAGAUACACCUAGUAAUAUGUGUUAGUCAACUGUGAUCUUUGAGGAACAACCAAAAUAUCAUGGUCUGAAUCAGGGCUGAGAAUCAUGCAUCCCUGCAGAUGCUGGACUGCAAUUCCCAGCAAGCAUCUUCAGAUUCUUUUACAUGUCAUUCAACUCAUCCCAAAUAGGACAAAAUGAGAACUUUCAGCAGAAAUUUCAUAUCAAGAAAAUAAGUAAAAAAAAUAAAUAAACACAAGAUCACAACCAAGUCCACCACUGAGUCUCCUGCACAAACCAUUGGUUCUCUAGGUCCUCAUUUACAAGUGUCUGACAGAGGAAAGUUGGCUCUUUAGAGCUAGAAACAGUAUUUCCUAAUGACUGAAAGUAUAUAAUUUGCCACCCUUCUCCAAGUUGGCAGCAUCCAGAUGUGGCGGGCUGCAACUCCCCUAUAACACAUCUGGAAGUCUCCUCUAUUAGGACUGGCAUAUGUGCAAUCCUCUACACAAAACAACAGUUGCCUUUCUUUUCCAAGCACAUUUCCAAGCCCACUAUUUGACCCAUCCAUGUAUAAUAAAGGUCAUCCAUCCAUGUAUAAUUAGGAUUACAUUCAAAAUCAAGCAGAAUUGCUGGGUGCAGAUAAAUAGUCUGAGGGAACAGUGGAGCAACUGCUUUGCCAUACAGCCAGUUUGGAGGAAUCCUAAUUCAGCUCACAUUUCCAGCUACAUAACCAUAGCACUAUGUUUCCACUUUAACUGCCAUGGUAACAUCCUAUGGAAUCCUGGGAUUUGUACUUUAGGGAAGGAUUGGGAAUUCUCAGCCUACCAACUCCAUAGAAUGCAGCAGAAUUGGGCUUUCAUUUUGUGGUACGAAUAUUGCAUAAAAGAUGGCAUUACCUGUAAUAAGGAGUUAUUCCAAGGAGUGUAGAGUCAGCACUGAGUCCAAGCAGUCAAAAGAAAAUUAUUUGUGUGCAAUAUGUAUAUUUAGUUAAAACAUAAUGUGUACAUUUCACAUGGAAAGGGCAGCAGGAUAUUCUCCAAUGAGCGAUUUUUAACCAGGGAUGUAUAGUGAAACGUCGGGGGAGAUAAAGUUAGUGACAGCAGGAAAGCAACCUGCAUUGUUUGUAUUCUGCAGCUGUUACUGCUGCUGGUAUUUUUUGGAAUAUACACGUACAUAUAUAUACAUACAUACAUAUAUAUAUAUAUAUAUAUAUAUAUAUAUAUAUCUACACUCACACAUAGAGAAAGAGAGAGAGAGACAUAGAGAUAUAUGUAAUUUAAACUAUUUUUGGCUAUGUACAGAAAUUCUGAAAUUAGUUUAUGCCUCCAGGGUCUGCUUUCCAUGGGAGAGUUUUAACGAACUUUGAACAAUGAAUGACAAUCAAAACCAACCUGUUGGUUACUUGUGUAUAUUUAAUAUGGGGUUAGGGAAUUACUUUCCAGUUGGGGAGGGAGGUGUUUUUGCACUGACAGUUUGCAAGUUACUAAUACUUAACAAUGUACAGUACAGAGUUAUGUCUGAGUAGCAUACAAGAUACCGAAGAGUGAAAAUGUACCAAAUGCUUCCAUUGAUGAAACCUUUGUUCCAGGAAAUAUCAAGCGAUCCACUUAUCAACAAUACAAUUGGAUUACUGUAAUACGGUCGACUCUCUUAGCUAUUUUCACUAAAAUCCUACAAACACUUACUUGGGAGUAAGUACAGUACCAUUGAAUGUUGUGAGACUUACCUCUCAGCAUGAAAGGAUUUGGUUACCAGUAUUUCAGAGCCUGUUCUGUUCAGGGAAGGAGACAGAAGUACCUUAAAUAAUCUCAUUAAAAUGUCUAUUUUCAGAUGUUUGUCAAAGAGUUUCUCCCUAGAGGUUAAGUUUCUAUAAAAUGAAGAAUUGUGUUGCCUGUAUUUUUUUGAGUGCGCUAAUAUAUUUUUGCUCAAGGAACUGGUGCUAAUAAAGCAGCAUACCUUAUGUUCAGCACUUGGAAAAGUUACUUCUUGAAUCUCUGAUGCUGGCUGGGGGAUUACUGAACAUAGUAAGCUCUCUCCCUCCCAAAAAAACUUUUCCAAGCUCUGUUCAGUUGUUGAAGUGCUUUACAAAAAGGAGAAGGAAACUGUAUGCUUCCUUUACAAGCUUUUCACUAGGAUGCUGGAUAGGUUUGGAUUUUUCCCCAAAAAAGAAAGAUCAUAACUGCUUAUGUUUGGUUUCUGUUACUACUCAUCUUCCACACUUUGUCACGAGAACAACCAUUGAUCUCAAUAAAAAGGAAGUGGUCAGAAUUUCUCAC